AUGUAUAUCUCUUCUUCAAUGGUAGUCGCCGCUUUGGCGAGUUUGGCACAUGCGCAAACACCCAAAGGCUUCACUCCCGCCGUCAACACCAAGCUCGAGCUCUUCUUCAACACGACCUCAGUCAGGACGCCGGGCGAACUCCUUCCCAAAGCCACAACAAUGGACGAGCCCCGAAUCGCCCUUGCGAGCAACAACAUGACCGCAGCAGACACAUUCAUGUUCGUCAUGCUCGACCUCGACGUGCCACCUGCACAAGGCAGCACAACCCGCCGCGUCCUGCUGCACGCAAUGAACACUGGCUUCAAAGCCACACAGCAAAGGAUCAGCGGCUCAGCGACGAUUCUGGCAUCGAGGCAGCAAGGCCCUGCAAUGUAUCUUCCUCCUGGCCCUCCAGCAACAGACACAAUGGCGCAUCGCUAUGUACAGCUCCUGUUCAAGGAACCGUCAACACUCAGAGUCCAGGCAACUGACUUUGCGACUACUGAUGCUCGGUUCAACUUCGACAUUAACAAGUUCAUGGCGGAUAACAGGCUGGAUAUGCCAAUCGCGGGUAACUUCUUCACGGUGGAUGGGCGGGCGAACGCGACGGCUGGAAAUGGAGGUGGGAGCGGUGGUGGGAAUGGACGGGGACGUGCGACUGGCACUGGUGGAGGCGGUGCAAGGCCGACUACAGUGCCUUUCGAGGGCGCGGCUGAGCGACGGGAUGUGUCCCUUGGACUUAUAGGAGGUGCUGUUGGACUGGUCAUGCUCGCUCUAUAA